UUCUCUUCGGUGUCGACAUUCAAAAGCCAGGCGUCUCUCUCUCUCUCUUCUCUCUCUCUCUCCUUUUCCUUUUUCACCGAAAUAUUCAUUUAGAUACUAUCACCUUCUGAGUUUCUCUCUCUAGGGUUUCAGAUUAUGUUUCGAUUUCUAGAGAGAGAAAGCUACUUAAUUUAUAGGGAGAGAAGCCAAAAGAAAAGUUAUUUUCUUUCCCAAUCAUGAGCAAUUCGAGCUGAUUCUUACAACAGACUCAGAAUCUCAGGGCGAUUGUCGGGCAAUUGAGCCUGGGUUGUCAAUUUAGAUGGUAUGCAGCAGUUGCUUGAGGUCUACAAUUCUUCAAGCUGGCCAGAUUGGGAGACUAACUGAGGGAAGGGUGCAGUUUUGCAAUAUCGAAGGAAGUUUGAAUGCAAAUCGGAGCCUGAAGAAUUUUUGGACUCGUAAAUCUAUAACAAGGAAAAUGAUGGUGGAUACAAGUGCAACGGCUGAUCGGGGACCCAAACUUGAUGUAUUACUAGAGAAGGAUGAUGAUGGUGGCUAUGCUAGUGGAGGAUGGAAGAGUGAAGAUGGAACAUUGAGUUGCGGGUAUUCAAGUUUUAGGGGAAAGAGAGUUAGCAUGGAGGAUUUCUAUGACACUAAAACUUCCAAGAUUGAUGGGCGGACAGUUUGCUUGUUUGGGAUAUUUGAUGGCCAUGGUGGCUCUCGUGCAGCUGAGUUUUUGAAGGAAAAUCUCUUUCAGAAUCUCAUCAAACAUCCGGAAUUUUUGACUGACACCAAAUUGGCUAUAAGUAAAACAUAUAAACAGACUGACAUGGAUUUCUUGGAGUCUGAAAAGGACACUUUUCGGGAUGAUGGUUCUACCGCAUCAACUGCAGUUCUGGUCGGCACCCAUCUGUAUGUAGCAAAUGUUGGAGAUUCACGGACUGUAAUAUCAAGGGCCGGAAAAGCAAUUCCUCUUUCUGAUGAUCAUAAACCAAAUAGAAGUGAUGAGCGGAAGAGAAUUGAAAGCGCUGGAGGUGUUGUAAUGUGGGCAGGCACUUGGAGGGUAGGAGGUGUCUUAGCAAUGUCUCGUGCCUUCGGUAACCGCAUGCUGAAACAGUUUGUUGUGGCAGAUCCUGAGAUUCAGGAUCAAGAAAUCGACGAAGAACUUGAAUUGCUAGUACUUGCAAGCGAUGGGCUCUGGGAUGUUGUACCUAAUGAGGUAAGCCCUUUGAGGAGUAUGAUCAUAUGCCCUUAAAAUGAUCAUGCUUGUAGGUUUUUAUCGCCAUUUAAGUAAUGAAAGAGCUGAUACAUUAUGCACGGUAUCAAGGAUGCUGUGUCACUUGCACAAUCAGAAGAAGAACCUGAAGCAGCUGCUCGGAAGCUGACAGAGACGGCUUUUACUCGUGGCAGUGCCGACAAUAUCACAUGCAUUGUGGUGAAGUUUCACCACAGUAAGGUGGAUCCGGGGGAACCCAAGCAUGGUCAAGAAGUAGAUGACAUGGCAUGUGUGUCCAACAUCUAGGUAAUUAAGCUGGGAACCUGCAGAUGCAAAAUGGUCGAGUGUGCAUGUCCACGAGGAAGUUAUUUGUUCAUUCAUUGGUUUGUUUCUUAUUUUGCUCUUUUGUACCGAGGGAACAUGAUCUUGACUGAUCAUUCUUGGUACUGCCUAUGCAUGUGUCUCCCUGCAACUAUAGGUUUCAUCUUGGUGUACUCCUUUCAUAAUUUUAAAGUGUCGAUCUUUCAUAAUUUUGUUGCAAAAAAAAGACAGCUUUUACCG